GGUCUGUGAUUUAAGAUUUAUACACCUAGAUACAUUGGAAUUAAUGUGCAGUGUAUUUCUUGAUACAGGAAUUCGAUAGUUUUUUUGAAGAAGCAAGACGUACUAGAACUCGAAUAUGUCUCGGCCAACGAAGAUCACGGCCAUGCAUGUGAAGGACAUCCGCUUUCCCACAUCGCUGGAAAAGGACGGGUCCGAUGCCAUGCACACAGCCCCUGACCAUUCCGUUGCCUAUGUCAUACUGGAGACUGACGGUGACCUUCAGGGCACAGGAACCACUUUCACGUGCGGGCGCGGCACUGAGAUAGUAUGUUUUGCUGCUGAUACUAUGAAGAAUAGAGUGGUUGGUCGAAGGCUAGACGACAUUUUCAACAACUUCGGAGCAUACUGGCAUGAGAUAACUUGUGAUUCACAGUUCAGAUGGAUAGGCCCGGAGAAGGGUGUGACCCACCUGGCUACAGCGGCUGUGGUCAAUGCACUGUGGGACCUCUGGGCAAAAAUGGAGGGAAAGCCACUGUGGAAGAUGCUUGUUGAUAUGGAACCAGAAAAGUUGGUCAACUGUCUAGACUUUAGUUACAUAGAAGACGUCCUUACAAAAGAUGAAGCAGUUGCUAUGCUGAAGAAGAAGGAUGCUACGAAAGACAAAAGAGAGGCUGAGAUGUUGAAGACAGGCUACCCAAUUUAUACCACCUCUUGUGGGUGGCUGGGCUACAGUGACGAGAAAAUCACCAAGCUUGCUACAGAGGCCAUGAGUCAAGGAUUUUCAAGGUUCAAGAUGAAGGUAGGGAAGGACCUGCAGGACGAUAUCCGCAGGGCAGCCAUCUUCAGGAAGGUUAUAGGACCAGACAGAAUAUGGUGUGUGGACGCCAAUCAGGUUUGGGGUGUCCAGGACGCUAUAGACUGGAUGACGGCACUAGCCCCAUACAAGCCGCUGUGGAUAGAGGAGCCUACCAGCCCAGAUGACAUCCUUGGUCAUGCUGCUAUAGCUAAGGCUUUGAACCCUCUUGGAAUCGGAGUGGCGACGGGGGAGAUGUGUCAGAACCGGGUGAUGUUCAAGCAGUUCCUACAAGCCAACGCCCUACAGUUUUGCCAGAUAGACGCAUGCAGGCUUGGAGGGGUGAACGAGGUCCUAACUGUCAUCCUUAUGGCAGCUAAGUUUAAUGUGCCAGUUUGCCCCCAUGCGGGAGGUGUCGGCCUAUGUGAGCUGGUACAGCACUACUCCUUCUUCGACUAUAUCCGCUGUUCGGGAUCCCUGGAGAACAGGAUGACCGAGUUUGCGGACCACCUACACAAGGAAAUGUGUGCCCCCGUCAAGGUCAGGGAUGGACACUACAUGCCACCACAGGCCCCAGGUUUCCUUGUUGGUAUUGUGCCCGAUGUUCAGAAGGCGUAUGAAUAUCCAGACGGUUCCGCCUGGCUAGAUCUAUUUGAGAAAGGGCUCUUUAAGAGGGAUCACGAUCAUGAGGAUAAUUAGACUGAAGGUGGAGAAUGCAGGAACUAAUGAUAGAAAUAAUCUUACUAUUAAUAAUAUUAACAUAACUAUAUUUAUUUUAGUGUUUGUUUUGAUUGUCCUCUUCUGGUCAUUUAAAAAAAAUGGUGUUAUAGAUCUUAUUAUUAUCCUUCUUUAUUAUCGGUUCACAUACACAGGAUUUUGCUUAAUAACAGAUAAUUGACGCAUAGAUUUAGAAAAUCAGA